CUGCCUUUUUUUGCCAUGGGUGUGAGCUCUGUUAUCCAUACAAAGAAUCCUCAUGUUUCAGCAGCGCACUUCAACUACAGAUACUUUGAAAUUGAAGAAGCGGAUGGAAAUAAAGAGUGGUGGUUUGGUGGCGGGAGUAACCUCACUCCAACUUACCUGAAUGAAGAAGACGCCGUUCAUUUUCACAAGACUCUGAAAGAAGCCUGUGACAAGCAUGAUCUGAAGCUGUACCCCAAGUACAAGAAAUGGUGUGAUGACUACUUCUAUAUCAAGCACCGUGGCGAGCGAAGAGGGAUUGGAGGCAUAUUCUUUGAUGAUAUGGACUCCCCCUCCAAGGAGGAGGUGUUCCAGUUUGUAAAGAGUUGUGCCAAAGCUGUUGUGCCUUGUUACAUUCCCAUUGUGAAGAAGCACUGCCAUGACUCCUUCACCCCAGAGGAAAAGCUAUGGCAACAGCUUCGGAGAGGACGUUAUGUAGAGUUCAACUUGGUUUAUGACAGAGGUACUAAGUUUGGCCUCCUGACACCAGGAUCAAGAAUCGAAAGCAUUCUUAUGUCUCUCCCACUGACUGCAAGGUGGGAGUACAUGCACGACCCACCCGAGAACUCCAAAGAAGCAGAAAUCUUGGAGGUUCUGCGGAAUCCCAAAGACUGGGUGCACUGACACGGGUCCUGAAGAAGAUGGGUUGCUUCCACUGAGCUGUUCUGAGCGAACAGGAACGCCUGCAAACCAGCCCAUUCAAACUGCUGUGGCGUGGUGUUUCAGUGUGUCCAUUUAUACUCUUCCUAGUGCCUUAGUUAUGCUGUAGACUUGUUAGAACUUGCAAAUGCGUGAACUCCUUCUUUUAGAUUGAUGGGCUAACAUUGUCACCCGUCACUGUUGCCUUGUGAAGGACUGGUGAAGACCUGAUAGGGCUACUCUGCAUGCUUUAGAUGACUGCAAAAUGGCAAACUGCUGUGAUAUGUUCAGGGAAAUGAAGGCAUUAUCUGUGCCUAAAUGGCACUGCUUACCCUUAUGGAAUGUUGGGAUGCUUAAAAACUUUUUUUAAAAGAAU